CAAUGAUCUCGAAGCUGACCGGAAACUGAACAAUGACUUCUAAGUAUAUAUACUAGAUCGGUGGCCAAUGUGAAACUAUUGACAUUUCUAUUUUGCUGUUUGUGUGAUCUCUCCCGCACUCACAAUGUCGUCGACGGACAACCAGGUUCCCUUCUCUGAGCCUCCCUGGCUCGCAGGCUUCCCAUCCCCAUACUACAAAGAGACGCACAGGAGAUGGCAGAAAGCAUGUCGCGCGUUCGUAGAAGAGCACCUACUCCCACAUGCCAUGGACUGGGAGCGGGAGGAGACCGUGCCAGAUCACUUGUUCCAGACAUUUGCCAAACAUAACAUGCUGAUACCCAACAUGUCGUCACCCUUACCGAUCGACUGGCUGAAGAGAUUGGGGAUUAAUGAUAUCCUGGGAACACCCAUUGAAGAGUGGGAUUAUAUACACACUGGGAUAUACUGGGAUGAGAUGUCAAGGACAGGGCUCGCUGGCCCUGGCGGUUCGAUGACUGCAGGACAUACCUUUGGCAUUCCUCCUUUGAUCAAAUUUGGCAGCAAGGCUCUGCACGAGAAAUUCCUCCCUGAAUUGCUUCCUGGCAAAAAGCGAACCUGCAUCGCGAUUACAGAACCCGGGGCCGGUUCCGACGUUGCCAACAUCGCAACCACGGCCGUGAAGUCGCCUGACGGCAAGCACUACAUCAUCAACGGGGAAAAGAAGUGGAUCACAAACGGGUUUUGGUCUGACUAUGCCACGAUGGCUGUCCGAACCGGUGGACCUGGCGCCGGGGGUCUCAGCGUGAUUGUGUGUCCGUUGAAAGGGUACCCUGGCGUGACCAUGCGACGGCUCAAGGUUGCGGGCCAAAUCAGCGCCGGAACGACGUAUAUCGAGCUCGACGACGUCAAGGUCCCGGUUGAAAACCUCGUGGGUGAGGAAGGCAUGGGUAUGCGGUACAUCAUGACCAAUUUCAACCACGAACGCCUGAGUAUCGCGGUGGGAGUGACCAGAACCGCCCGCGUCGCGCUCUCUGCGGCCUUCGCGUACGUGAUGAAGCGCGAGGCUUUCGGCAAGACACUCAUCGAGCAACCGGUCGUCCGACAUCGACUGGCCAAAGCCGGCGCCGAACUCGAAACCCUCCAGGCGUGGGUAGAACAGUUCGUGUAUCAGAUGACCCAGCUAUCCAAGGAGGAGGCCGAUGCCAAGCUAGGGGGUUUGACUGCGCUGGCCAAGGCCAAGGCUGGUAUGGUGCUCAACGAGUGCGCUCAGACUGCGGUACUCCUGUUUGGUGGGAAUGGGUACACGCGGACGGGACAAGGUGAGAUCGCAGAGCGAAUCUACCGAGAAGUCCCGGGUGCUCGUAUUCCAGGUGGCAGUGAGGACGUCAUGCUUGAUCUGGCAGUCAGACAACUGGUUAAGAAUUACAAAAAUGCCACCAAGGCUAUGGAGCGACCAAGGGGAAGUAGUAAGCUGUAAAUAUUGGGCAUUUAGGAUGGAAUACCUGUUGAAUUCUGCGUUGUACCGAG